AAUGGUUUAUAUUGCCCAUUUCUACGACUGAGAGCUUAAGAAUUACCUCUUGGUUAUGCGAGUCUAUUCCGGUUCAGAAUAGAGUACAGUCUGAUAUACUUUUCCACUCUAUUUUGAAUAAUUUCUUUAAAUCAAAUGGUGCGCGCGUUUGAGAUGUUUUAAAGCUGUUUCCGGGUACGACAUGGACUGUACCAUUGAGUACAAAUGUUAAGGGGGAGUUCGCGCCGCGAAAAUGAAAACAUCUAAACUAUGUUGCGAUAUAUUGGCUAGCAUUAUGAGCUAUACAUUAUAAUUCAUGUUCAAAAACACUUUAUAGUCUUCUGUCACGAAACUAUGACGGAAUAUUGCAGUAAAGAAACACUUUUUUCGUCAACCGCUCCCAUUGUUAUCUACUAAAGGCUGAUUGGUCAGGAGGCAGGAAACGUCAUCGGCCGUUUAAAAAUUCAAAACAACUGCUUUUUGUUGCGGACGUCUGUUCUCGGAGGCUACUACAAUAUAAGAGGAUAAAAUGGAGGCUUUUGGAGACCGUCUAAAGGUGAUCGUUAAAGUCUUCAGGAGAGAGUGCCACAGGGUUUUACACUCUGAGAGGACCACCAUUCAUGGAGCUGAUGGCAUGCUGAUGUUACUGCAGCUCGCCAUGGCUGAAGUCAACAAGCAGCACGGCCAAGAGUUCAAAGUGGCUCUGAGUGAUGUCCUGAUGGCCUGGAAACACUUACUGCUAGACAAACUUCACCUGCCACCCCCCAACUUUGCACGCUUGGAGAACUAUGAUCUCAUCGUGGAGGCAUACGAAUCCUUCCUGAAGCGCUCCAACACCGUGGACCUGGUCGAUAUCCUCUCCAUGUACAAACAGCUGAGAUUAGUGGACUCGGACCCAGAGGAGCCCGUGAGCCCGAUCCAGUUGUUUGAGUUCUUAUCGGGCAACAUGGAGGUCUCAGGGUUGCCGGACUCUUCAGUCCCGUCUACACCUUCUAGUAAAGGCCGGCCCUGCAGCUCACAGGUGAAAAUGUCAGUGAGAAGAGUCUUCUGCUCCUAUCUGAAUUUGCUUGUGAACGCCAAGAACGACAUGGCCUUGGCGCUAACCCUCGACGUCCCCAGCCGCACUCUUGGACGUCAGGCAUUCACCGACGUAAAGCACGCCGCACAUAACAACAGCACUUCUCUCUUCUUGGCUGUGACAUCUUUCGUGAGGGUUAUCCAGCUCGGAGGGAAGGGCUACGCUCCAGCGGAGUCUGACCCACUGAGGAAGCAUGUCAAAGGCCUGUCUGACUUUGUUCACUUUCUAGACGACCUGGAAGAAAUACUGGGAGAGAUUCCUGACCCAAGUGUCUGUGGAGCCAGGCUGGUGGCUGCCGUCAGGGCAGUGCUGGUUAAGGGACGCAGCAGCGGAGAUGCGAUGUAUGCAGCAGCUGACGAGACCACGAAGGAGCUGAAGGAGAGGAUCUGCCAGCUCCACCAGAUCCAGAAACUGAUUGCUAAUGGGAGUGGGACAGGGAUAAGCCCCGCCAGGCCAAAGGCGUACGUAGUCAAUCACUGCACUGCGUACGGAGGUCGGGACACUGUGAAGGUGCUGAUGGCUCUGCUGGACGAAGAAGCUCUAACUCCCCCGUGUAGGAACAAGGCAGACCUGCUGUCUGAGGACCAGCCCGUCCUCAGUGGAGCAGAGGGGACCUGCAUCCUCAACUUGUUCAGAUCCCCUGAAGUGUCCACUGGAUGCUCUCCAGAACCUCUAAAGAACCGCGUCCAGAGCCGGCUAGACCUGCUCAAACCCAAGCCCAAAGACGGAGUCAUCCGAUCCCAGUUUGCGUGCACAUACAAUGAAGAGCUGCCUCUCAACCGCGUGCUGGAGUUCCCCAGCAGCAGCCAGGUCCCUACCUGUGUGCACCCAGCUCCCAAACCCCAAACCCUCCCCACUGUGGAUGAGGAGUGCAGCUCUGACGUGGUGCUCACCAAAGCCAAGUCUACAUCUGAAUGCCCGAAUAAGGAGCAGAGCGGUGUGCAGCAGGGGGCUGCUCUCGGGCCAAGAAGUGGAAAUGGCCAAAACAGAGUUGCAGGCCCGGGCGAUAGAAAGAAGACUGGCACUCAGGCGCGGGGAAAGGGCAACAAGAGGAAGCAGGUGGAUUCUGACCAACGUGGAGGUUCAGAGAACGAGCCUCCAGAGAAGAAACCGUUCACUAGUGUCAAAAUGCCCGGCAAGAAUGUCAGCAAGGCCUCGAGCAAGAAGAAGCUGAUCGCUGGACAGGGGAAGCUAACCAGCUUCUUCAGAGUCUAACGAUCAUCUGUUUCAUGAUGCAGUCUGUUCUUUCACUGACAAAUCGUGUGAAUGUUGCAACUAAUAAUGAUUUCAGUCUCUGUUAAUCUGUUUAAAGCAGAGUCCUUGGAUAAAAGAUACAACAAGUUAAUCAGUCAAAGUUUAGAGGAGCGAGUCGGCUGGUUCUUAAAACCUAAUUUGGACAAAGCCAGGAAAACUGUUUCAAUUCCAGUGUCUACGCUAAACUAGCAUAGUUUAAACGUAGCAUUUAGCAUACAUAUUUUGGUAUCUAAUCAACAAGAUAUAAUGUGUGGGUUAGCGUUAGACAUUCUGGUGUGGGUGUUUUUGUUUCCUGGAUAACUGUUUCCCCUGGUUUCAGUCUUAAAGUCAGCGACUUGGCUGAUGGCUGUAGCGUCAUGUGUGGCGUACACACGAGAGUGGUAUCAAUUGUGAGAGGUGACAUCUUUUUUUAAUUUAAUUUGAAUUGUUUAGUCAAAAUUCUUUGGCUUUUUUUUGUUUGAAAAAUGAUGGCAGAUACAUUUUCUGUUGCUUUAUUAAGUGAUUCAUUGUUUCCACACCGUGUGGAGAAUGCGUGCGUCUGCUCUGCGAAUAGAUCAGUUUGAUAGCAGUUCACUUUCUUUUAUCAAGACAAGUCCUACUUGAAAUGUAUUUAAUUACCAGUUGUACAGUUUAUGUAACGUGUAAAGUUCCACAGAGAACUCAAAUCUGUAAAUAAGAUGCAGACUUUUCACUUUUAAUAAACUUUUUAUUUUGUUUUA